AUGAGCGGUCCCGGUGUCGGCUUCGAAUACCCUCCAAUCGAGGUGGCAUGGCUGAAGCGCGACCUGCUGCUGUUCGCCAACAGCAUCGGCGUCAAUGUCGACGAGCUCCACUUCCUCUAUGAGCUCCACCCCCAAUUCGCCGCGUUCCCGACCUACCCGCUCAUCCUGCCCUUCAAGCACACGGACCAGGAGGUCAUCGACUUCCUCGCGCGCUCGUCGGCGGUGCCGAUCCCGGGCGUGCCCAACUUCGACCAGAAGCGCGGCGUCGACGGCGAGCGCAAGAUCGAGAUCCUCAAGCCGCUGCCGGUCACGAGCGCAGGCCGCACCUUCGAGAUCCGGCAGAAGGUUCUGGGCGUGUACGACAAGGGCAAGCCCGGCACCGUCAUUGAGACGGAGACGCUGCUGGUUGAGAAGAAUACGGGAGAUGUGUACAGCAGGGUGAUUGGCAGCGGGUUCAUGGUGGGACAGGGCAACUGGGGAGGUCCCAAGGGUCCCAAGACCGUCAACUACCCGCCGCCUGAGGGCAAGAAGCCUGAUGCUACUUUCGUUCAGAAGACGAAUGCGGAGACGGCACACUUGUACCGUCUCAAUGGCGACUACAACCCCCUCCACGCCACGCCGGAGCCGGGCCAGCAGAUGGGCUUCGGCGGCGUCAUCAUGCACGGCCUGUACUCGUGGAACUCGACGGCGCACGCCGUGCUGAAGCGCUUCGGCGGCUCGGACCCCAAGAACAUCAAGGAGUUCGCCGCCCGCUUCGCCAGCCCCGUUCGUCCCGGCGACACGCUCGUCACCGAAAUGUGGCGCGUUGGCCAGGCCGAGGGCCACCCGGCCGGCUGGGAGCAGAUCCGCUUCGUCACCAAGGUCGAGCAGAGCGGCAAGGUCGUGCUCAGCAAUGGCCGCGCUGUUGUGAAGAUUUCUGGAGACGCCGCGGCCAAGAGCAAGUUGUAG